AUUUAUCACUAAAUGUUGUCAAAUACAUAUUUUUUUCUGCGAUGUGUUGUAUGAUAUUAGGAAAACAGGCAUCAUUCAGUGUCUUAGAGAUGAAAUCAGACAUGAACUGGGACAAUCAGCUGAGCUCUAUCCUGUCUGUAGCAGAUGGCAGUGUUGCAAAGAUGAGCGAGAGACUGAUGUCAGCCGGGAAAUCCACCAAAGGAGGAGGGGAUUUGUUUCCAGUGAGGGAGCGGAUUAAUGAUUCGGACCCACCUGCUCUUCCCCCUCGAGCCCCCCUUCUCCGACAGCCUUCCCCAUCCCUCAGUCCUGGUGUGCAGUGGGCAGACCUUGCUGCCAUUCAGUCACAGCUCCAGAUACAGAGCCAGGCGAUUGAGUCUCUCACCCAGAAACUCCAUAACACGGAAAGGGAAAGACAGUCACAACAAUGUCACAUCCAGACGCUGCAAGAGGAGGUUCACAGGCUGCGUGAGGCGCUCAGGGACAGUGAAAGAGAGAGGGACGAAUCGAAGAGGGGACAAAGUCCAGGAGCAGAGAGAAGGAUGGAGCAGUGGAGGAGAGAGGUGGGACGUGAGCUGAGCACUCUACGGGGACACAUCACCAGAGCCACGUCGCUAGGCAACCUGGAGGAGAGCUUCAGUUCAAAGCUUCGCCGAGAGGAGCUGGAACACCUGCGGAGAGAGGUCGACCAACUGAAAACACGGCUGAGGAGGCAGGAGGAGGACAUGUUCCUCCAGCAGGCAGAGGCCCGAGAGACCAGGAGACAGUACGAACGCAGCUGCAAGACACUGGAGGAGCUAACAGACAGCUACAGGACCCACAGCACUGAUCUGGCGAAGACCGUCUCUCAGUAUUCUCACACACAGCAAGAGGUCCGCCAGAUCAGAACAGUUGUGUCAGAACUGAAAGACGAGGUCAGGAGUCUUAUUCUUCGAGAACGUGAACCAACACCUUUACUGUCAGCACACACAUCAGGGGCAUCACCCCUUGCACCCUCUCAUAGCCACAGUAGAGGAGUCAGAGUUGAAGAGCCAGACUCUGAGUCGGAAGACUUUAGCCCGACCCCGAGCCUGGCCGAGGUCAGCUCAGAUGAUCUGUCAUGGCUGGAUGACAAAGACCCUGCUCUUCAUCAGAAGCCGCGUGUACGUCUGAGCGUUCAGUCCAGACGGAGCGACUUUGCUGGUCCAGGAUCUGAUCUGGAGGACGGGGAUGAUGACGACGAUGAUGAUGAUGGUGAUGAUCUCCUUGAUGAUGAUGUGAACCCAGAUUUAGGAUCUGACUUAAGUCUUAAUGACCUCUGAAGUGUCCUAAGGUGAAGUUCUAUAAUUUUACUUGGAAGGACAUAAAGACGUUUCUUUUCGCUCUUCUAAUACACUACCUGAAAUGUAUUAACACUAUAUUUGAUCAGUACAUUUUUGAGUUAGAGCCUUGUUGCAAAACCGAAAACUCUAAAAAUAGAAAUAGUCAGGAGCACACAACCAGCCAUAUGGCUGACUUCCUUUGUUGUCCUGAAGAAAGGGGAGCACAAACAGAGGAAGGAAAUAGCAGCAGGCUUGGCUUUGCAACAGCGGCAGAUACAUAUAACAAAGAGUAAUCAUGUCAUCCCACUUUGCGUUAUUACUGUUGCUUAACAGACCUGCUUGGAUAAGAUGUAUCAUAAAUCAUUGAUACCAGUGGAGAAAUUUCUUUUUAGUGUGGGAAAUUCUCAGAUGUAUAAACAGUCAUUUGAGAGAAUAACAGAAGUGUUCUGUACUCAGGAAAGAUCACACAAUGUCAAACUAGUUUUAAUUUUUUAUUUUUUAUUGACUUACUCAGCUGACCACUCUUGGCACAGUCUAGUCCCAUGUGACACCCAACCUCUUGCUACCACAACAUGCUGAAGCAAACCACCAAAGGAUUUAACAAAUGCUAACUUGUUCAUGUCUCUGUGUUUAAAACCAUAUCCAUCAGAGCAUUGUUUUCCCUCAGUCUGGUUAGUGGUGAAGCCGACGGCUGCAAGGACCAUACAAACUGCUGAGAACUGUUAUAGCUGCAGCUUCUCUUGAAAUAAUUUGCAGUAACUAUGUCCACAUGUACAGACUGAUAAGUUGCUGGGAGCAAACUGAGGAGACAUCUGCCGUUUAAAGAACCAAGAUUCUUUUGUGAGAGUUUCUCUUUCAGAAAACAUCUCCUUUCGUGAUGGUGGAGGUUUUUGUCAGCAAAAAAAGCAAACACCCUCUGCACCCAGGAUGCGCAUCGCUGAUGAUAAAUGAUGGGUCCUACCAGAGUUGAGGACAGAACCACUGUGAUUGGCUAGCUAAACCACAGGGUUUGGUUUGAGGCAUGGCAGGAUUAAAAAUAGUUAUGUUUAGGUUUGUUAUGAUUACAGGUUGUUGGAGUUAGGUAAAGGUUUGAUGUGGUUAAGGUUCGGGCAGGACUCUCAUCUCUGCCAAUAACUACAGUGGGCUCCAUAAGAACGCCGCUCAUCACUGUGCUUUAGAUUUCCAAAAUAAGGGUAUAGAAUAAGCUUAUAUUACUUAUAGUUAGUAUUUUUGAAUUUAUCAAGCUGUUAAAUACCAAACAAAUGUAACUUUACCUUAAUGAUUCUGCACUUUGACAAACUUUGAUGUAAUCAUACAUCAACUGUAAAGAUUCGCACUACCUUUUUAGCUUUUAAGUUUUUGGCGAUCAUUGACUAUGUGAAAUACUACACUGUUCAGUGUAGCAGAGUAAUGGAUAUUUAAUGAGUUUUUCUUCCUCACACAAUGCACUCUUAAAUCCAGAAGGAAUCUGAUGAGGGCUGGGCUUUUGAUUCCUGGUAAUGCAGCUGAUGCGAGGAAUCAAAAACCAUUAACGGUAUCGAGGCGCCAACACCCCCCCAACCUCCACUGUGAUCCCUUUAUAUAUGUACAGCUCAGUUUAGACAGUCAGGAGUCCCUUUAUGCUGUCUUGUCUCACAUGAGUCUCAGUGUGCCAGGCCUGGUGUUGAGCUGUUAAAUAUUUCAGUACCCAGACGCUGCGCCCAUCCAGGAUCCCAGACCACUGUGCAGAGCCAUGGGGGAGUAGAUGGGGAGCUUAGGUGUUCAGCAGGGUGUGCAUAUGGAGGCUUGGAUGGCAAAAGUCACUGAAGACACUUUUCAGCUCGUCUAACAAACAAGAUUGUCUCACUGGUCAAUGGUGAGCAAUAAAAACCUUCUGGAAAGCUGUAAAUGGUACUGAGCAGCAGACAGCAGUAUUUUAACAAACCUCUUCUAACGCAUUCUUCUCGUACAUUGUGGUUGAAGGGACAUUUAAUGAAGAGAAUGCUCAUCUAUUUGUUAUUGUGGCAACACAAUGGCGGAUGAAUCAGACUGUUGCUAUCUAUUGCUGUUUUAUUGCUGCAGUAUAGCCAUGCACUGAUUUACUCAUUGAAGGUCUGUAAAAGAAAUGUUUUGUGUUUUGUCUUCAACAAUAAAAGUCUGCGUUAAAGUUG